AUGGAGACAUCGUACGAUGCGCACAAUGUCAUCAUGAUCAACGGCGUGCGGUUCACGCUGGAGUAUCAGUGUGUUUUCCCCUAUUCCUUCCCCUCUUCCCCCCUUCGCCCCCCCCUUUAUUUAUCAUCUGACCGCCUGUCCAGCAUUGCGCUGGAGGAGAUGGAGAUACCGUACGAUGCGCACACGAUCAACAUCAUGAAAGACGAGCAGUUCACGCCCGAGUUCAUCGCUAUCAAUCCCAACAGCAAGAUUCCCGCCAUCGUGGAUCCCAUGGGAGCGCCUGAUGGCACCCCGUUGAAGAUAUUUGAGAGCGGGGCCAUCCUGCUGUAUCUGGCGGAGAAGUCGGGCAAGUUUCUGCCGCAGGAUGCCGUGCAGAGAUGGGAGACCCUCUCCUGGCUCUUCUUUCAAAUGGGUGGCGUCGGUCCCAUGUUUGGCCAGUUCGGCCAUUUCUUCAAGUACGCGCGCGACAAGUGCGACCACCCGUACCCCACCGAGCGCUACACCAACGAGGCGAGGAGGCUGCUGGGGGUGCUGGAGAAGCGGCUGGAGGGGAGGGAGUUCCUCAUUGAUGCUGGUUACACCAUCGCUGACAUGGCCACCUUCCCCUGGGUCAUAUGCCUCAAGGUGGGUGCAGGGGUUCGUUUCGGUACUGCAGGUUGUUGUUGUUUUGCUGCUGGAGAAGCGGCUGGAGGGGAGGGAGUUCCUUGUCGAGGCGGGGUACACCAUCACUGA